AUGUCUUUGACACCAUUGUGUGGAGAUUUACCACAAUUUUUGCAAAAUUAUCUCCCGAAUGCUGUCCAAACAGAAAAUACCAUUCAACCCUUUGUCACAUUAACUUAUGCUCAAUCGCUCGACGCAAGAAUAUCUAGAGGCCCCGGAGUAAGAACCGUAAUUUCACAUCCUGAGACGAAAACGAUGACGCAUUAUUUGAGAUAUCAUCACGAUGGAAUACUUAUAGGAAGUGGAACAGUGUUAGUUGAUGAUCCUGGAUUGAAUUGUAAAUGGGGUCCUAAUUCAGCUGAAAAUUCCCCUAGACCAAUAAUUUUAGACACAAAGCAAAAGUGGCGAUUUGAUGGUUCAAAAAUGCAAGAACUUUUCAAUAAACAGCAAGGUAAACCGCCAAUUGUUGUUGUCACAAGUGACCCCAUUAUAAAAGAAGAGCAUGUCGAAUACGCAAUAUGCUCAAUAAAUGAAGCUACUAAACGGAUCGAUUGGAAAAAAUUGUUUGAGAUACUGAAAAAAGAGUUUAAUAUAAGGUCAAUAAUGGUUGAAGGAGGCGCCAAUGUGAUAAAUCAAUUGUUGCUUAGGAGCGACAUCAUCAACAGUCUCAUAAUAACUAUUGGGUCAACAUUUUUGGGUAAUUCGGGCACUGAAGUUAGCCCGCCCCAAACAGUCAAUUUAAAGGAUAUAUCAUGGUGGAAAGGCACUACCGAUGUAAUACUUUGUGCAAGACCGGCUGAUGACCGACAUUGUUGA